AUGCCGAAGAAACUUCUCCGGGAGUUGCAUCAUCAUCAUUAUCAGCAGCAGCAGCAGCAGCAGCGGCAGCGGCAGCGGCAGCAGCGGCGGCGGCGGCGGCAGCAGCAGCGGCAGCAGCGGCAGCGGCCGCUGCCGCUGCCCUGCCGCACUGUCACUGCCGCUGCCGUUGCCCUGCAGUGGGCCUGGCUACGCCCACUGCAAGGUCUCAACAUGUCCGAUGCAAAGAAGCUGAGUUAUCUCAUGUGGGAUGUCCAAGAGCACGUGUUCGCUGACGUUGUGCGCAAUCCGCCAACAACUGUGGACGAGCUUAUUAAGGAGGCACGGCCAUGUGAUUCAGACGCAGACGCCACAGAACUCACUGAGCACGCCGAGGACGCACAACAGAUCGUGCGCGCCAGAAUACUUGCACAGCAAGAACACAUCUGA